UUAUUUCCUUGUAGGUCCAUUAUUCCAGUCCACCAAAAGUUUCAAAGGGAGAAACUUAACAGAUGGGGUCAAAAAAGUAAAUAGUCAAAUCCCCUAUCAUGUUAAUUUUUGUUUGCAUUUUGUUUUGCCCAUGGAAUAAACUCCACGUCCCACUUUAAAGAUUUUCCAAUCUCUCUCCUCUGAAGUUUGGAAUUAUGCAUUGGGAUAGAGGGAAAAUCUCGUUGAAUAACCACCAAGAAUGGCCACAGGUCUGCUAGCCCCUUCCUACCACUUCAAAAACCAUGCUCUCUUCUCUGCUCCUGUAUUGGGUAUUGGCAGAUUCAACAAUUCGUGCAACUAUGUUUCUGGUCGUGAUGCCUCCAAAUCCAACUUGAAUCCCUUCAGGGUCAGAGCUGUCAAAGAGAAAACUGAGGAAAUUAAGACCCCUUCUUCCUCUUCGCCAGAGGAUGUUACAAAGAAGUAUGGCCUAGAAGCUGGUCUCUGGAAGAUAUUCAGCUCAAAAGAGGAAGGAAAGGAAGGGGACAAUGGAAAGAACAAAUCAAAGGGGGAUCAAGCAAAGGAGCUACUAGCAAAAUACGGCGGAGCAUACCUGGCCACCUCCAUUACCCUCUCCUUGAUCUCCUUUGCACUCUGCUACGCUCUUAUCAGUGCUGGCGUCGAUGUCCCAGCUUUGUUGCAGAAGGUGGGAAUCGCCUCUAAUGAGACGGGGGAGAAAGUCGGGACUUUUGCAUUGGCAUAUGCUGCGCAUAAGGCUGCAUCUCCGAUAAGAUUUCCUCCUACCGUGGCUCUAACUCCCAUUGUUGCUAAUUUGAUUGGGAAGAAAGUUGAUAAGGAGAUAUAGUUUGUACGAGUACAUAACGCAGAGUCUGAUGUAUUUUUGUAAGCGUCAUAUGUAACUCUCUAUGAAAUGAUAUAUUUUCCACCCUUGUAUGUCAGUGGAAAAAACAUAAGAUCUACCAGUUGCAUUGAGAUCGAAUAGUCUGUUCUACA